ACCAAUCCCCGAUUUGGAACGAGGAAGUAAAUAAUUUCUGAAUCGAAAGAAAACAAUACUAUAUCUGUAUAUGUCUGAAUUGAAUGUCGCGAAUCACAUGAACAAGUGUUUACAAAAAACAAUUUAUUGCAAAUUUAUCGUUUUGUUAGAAACCGUGUUUUCAGCUUAAUUACAAGGGAAUCUUUAAGAUCUAUUCCAAACUAUUUAAUCAUAAAUUCCGAUCUAUCACUAUCAGUUUAUCGAUACUCCAAAUUAAUAUUUAAACAGACUGAUAAAGGCUUACGCUUAUAUGACCCCUGACAAGUGCGUGGGAGAGUCAGUCAUCUAGUAUGAUAAGUCAGUGCUUUAAAAAGACAAUUUUUGAAAUUCUUUUAUGUCUUCCUGGAAAGAUGGUAUCAGCUGAAAUUCUUGGAUUUCAAAGUUUGAGUUAUGGAUUCUAGCAAUAAAGAUAUAAUUCCUAUCUCUCCUACUGAAAGAUUCAAACCCCUUCAAGAAAGCCUACCAAAGAGACUGAAAACCUUCAAAACUUACCCGAAAGAAGCUGUUAAAGAAAAAGAGGACCUCGCUGACAAUGGUUUCUAUUACACUGGUGAUGGUAAAACUGACACAGUUCAGUGUACAUUUUGUGGGAUUAUAAUCGAUAAUUGGCAAACAGAAGAUGAUAUUCAAACAGAGCAUCGAAAAUUUUCCCCGUCAUGUCCAAGAGUUCUCGAUCUUGACCGCAGAAACUUUGGUGCGAAUCUUAACGCGGGUACCUCACGUCUGGAUCUGAUAAGGAACACACAAAACUCUACAUUGGAUGGGAAAGUCCCGCAGAUGAAAGACUAUAGUCUGAGGUUGAAGUCUUUCAACGACUGGAAGUACAGUAAAAAAGAAAAGCCCUCGCCUGAGACUUUAGCCAGGGCUGGAUUGUUCUAUAUUGGUAAAGAAGACAAUACCCAGUGUUGGUUCUGCGGGAAUUUGUUAAUGGAGUGGGAAGCUGGCGACAUUCCAAAAGAGGAGCAUGACAGCAUAUUUCCCGAUUGCAGUCUGGCUGCACAAUGAAGUAUCACAUGCGUAAAACAAUGAUUGAAUAUUCCUCAAAUAUAAACAAGAGAACAUAAUGUUAAAAACUAAUCAAUGAUUUGAGGUUUUUUGUUUGUUAUUUUUGUUUUUGCUGUUAUUGCUGCUGGGUUUUUUUCUUUUUAAAUCGCAUUCAUAUACAUGUAUGUUAUUCAGCACAUGUUGAAUUCUUAAACCUUUGCACUGGGGAUUUGACUAUUUCUUAACUUAAUAAGCACUGAAAUAUAAUGCAAUAUCCAUACAAAUUAGUGAAUAUUCAGUAAAAUUAAGGUUUAAGGAAAUGCCAAAUAUUGGUAAUAGUUUUCCAUCCCAUAAUAUACCCACAAAAGGUUUGGUCCCAAUUCUAUAGAAUCAUGUUAAACAUAGUCAUCAAUUUUUCAUGUUACUAAUUAGUAUAUUUUUUUACUCCGGAGAUGGUCCAUGUUUUGUUAUAUUUACCCAGUGGUUGAAUAUAGUGACGAGUGUAUCACAUAUUUAACCUCAUUUAUUGAAAGUAGAACAAUCUUCAUGUGAUGCCUUAGGUUUUCGCAAAAAUCAUUAUCAAAUUAAAUUUUGUGGAUGGUAGAUAUCACUUGAUAAAAAAUUUUUAAAAAUUGUUUAUAACUAUUGAUAUUAAAAAGAAUUAUAUUUUCCAUAGCUAAAUGUAAAAUGGUGUCAAGGGCAAUAACUCCUAUGCUGGUAUUUGUACAUGCACAUUGAUUUCCUUAAUAUCCACAAUUACUUUAUACAUGUUUUUAUAAAUUAGCAGUUUUUCUAAACUGUUGACAUUAGAAAUAGAUCAUUUUAACAAGUUAUUUUCAUUAUUCUGUGUUACAAAAAUGUGUGAUUUUUUGAUGUUGACCUAUACUUCUGUUUUUCUAUGCCUGACAUCUUAAAACAGACGGCAAUUUAACAUACACAUUUUCUUUUGCUAUUAAUGAAAUUAGACUAUAUUCAGUGAAAAUUCGAAAAUAAGAUCAGCUUUACCACUUUCAGUCAUUAAUAUUGAAAAGUCACAUAUGAGGGUAGAGUUACCUUAAGAGCCAUUCUCUGUAAGCAUCAAAAUUUUUAUUAUAGGGGUAUAGGUACCCUCACUCAAUUUGCUGAAAUUUGGCAUAUAGUGAUUAUUUUAUACCCUCUCAUAGAAUUUGGUAUCAAAAUUCGUAAUCGAGGUACCAUUGCCAUGGUAAGAAGAACACAUUGAAAACAGUUCCCAAGAUGCUUAAAAAUGCUUUAUUUUGGCCUGUUUUUGAUUAAACAUAAACAAAUUAAUUUUACUGAUGUACAAAUUUCUCUAUUGCUUGCUUAAAGAUUAGGUUCAGCAUAAUAAAUUCUUAAUAAAACAUCAAUAAAUCAAUAUUGGAUUAACUAUUGUUCCUGAAGUUGAAAAAUCAAUGUUUUAGCAUUUUGACUAUUUUUGAAAAAAAUAAAUUUUAAGCCAUUUUAUGACAUUAUUUACAGGAAAAUACAACAACAUACAUCAAUGAAAGUUAUAUUUGAUUUAAUUCAUCCCAUUAUGUGUAAGAUAUGGGGGGGGGGGGGGGGGGGGGGGGGGAACGACCAAUGUCUUAUUUUGCUAAAUAAAAUUAUAUACAUGUAGCUUGAAAAUUUGGUAAUAUGAAAAAUCUCAUAAUAUGAAUAUAUGAGUCAAAUUUUAAUAAUUUAUCAAUAUAAUAUCCUUGAUCUAUUGAAUUUGGCAUAAACAAUGAUAAAUAUCAUGAAUUCUCAUGUUAUGAAAUAUUUCAGUUGCCAUAGUAACCAUAUUUCAGUAUUUCAUACAAGGUUUUAAUAAGUAAACUAGUAUGCUAAUUUGUAUCAGAAAGCAUUACAGGUCUACUUAUUACCAUGUGAUAGUGUAAACUCAUUGUCAUAUUAUAUUUGAACAUAUAAAUUGAUGUAAAAGUCUGCUUAAAUUAGCAAUAUAAAUGAUUAAUUCCUUUGUUACCAUAGCAACCAUAAUAAGAUACAUGUAUAUGAUUCCUUUAAGUUUUGAAGAAAAAUGCUGACUAUAAAACUGAUUUGUGUCAGGAAGCAGAAACGUGUGUGCCUAUUGUUAAGUCAAAGUGUUCUGUCAUAAUCUUAAGAAUUGUUAUAAAGUACAAAUUUCAUUUAUCCAUGGAUUAGUCAUAAGUUGGUGUAGCAAACAUUCAAAAAAUCUUCAAGUCAAAAGGCAUUGGUAAAAGAUUAUUACAUUUAAAAUGAAAGUCAAAUUUUUUGAAUGUGUUUGAAUUACUUUGUAGAAUAGAAUUUAUACUUUUCACAAGAUAAAAUUACACAUUUAUCUCUAGGUAUUUCCUGUAAUAAGCAUUAUAUGACUCUGUUUAAUCAUUUGAAUUUAAUUAUUACAAAGGGGAAAAUAUGAAGAAAAAUGUGUUACUAUGGAAACGAUAGGGCCAGCAACCAUAAUCAUUGAAAACAAUUUAAUGUACUGUCAGUUUUGACCAGAGAUAGCUAGUCCAAAAGUCCUGUUAUGAAAAUGUUGGUAAUCUGACUGUUUUGUCUCCAUGGAAACAUUAAAUAGGAACUGUAGCAGCUACAUGUAACUGUGGUAUAUUAAUGAUUGGGUAUGCAUUCUUUUCCCAACAUUUUCUUGACACUGAUUUUUAUCAGCUACUCACAUACAUAUGUACUAACAAUUUCUAAAUUGUUUUGUGUGUCAACUAAAGCUGCAAGGUACCAGGAAGAUGAUGCAAAAAAUGAAAGAUUGGGUGAUGCACUGCAAAAUUCUGUGAGCUAUAAAACACUUUUGAACAUUGUUGCACAGUUCAUUCAUGCUGGUCUUGCACAAUACAUGCAUUGUUGCACAGUUCUAGUUUGCUGUCUUUCACCAUGCAGGGAUUGUUGCAUUCAAGAUUUCAAAAUUUACAAUCUUUCUUCAAACAGUGGACACUCGUUGGGAGGGACACAGUAUCAAAUAUAUUUAUGGUAUAGUUGAUAUCAAUCAAUAAAAUUUAUUCAAAGUACUGUCCCAAAGAUAUUAAUGAUUGACACAGUUCUUAGCUUUGUAGUUCUGAUGACGUGAGUUUAUGUUUACAGAAUUCACAGUUUAUAUUUAAGCAUUCUCAUUCAGUGUAUGAUAGCAUUUUGUGACAGCAUGACCCCAGAACAAGGAUAUAUACAACUGUACAUAAAGAUCACAACAGAAGCUCUAAAUCAUAUGUCGGAAUACUCAAAAAAAUCUCAUGAAUUACAAUUAGGACACGAUAUGUCAAUAUAAUAUGCAAGCCUCCUCAUGUAGUGUAGAUUUAGGUGUGUAUAGGACCUCGAUGGGGCUACAAAAAUGUUUUUAUUUUACAGAAGAGAUAAUUGUAUUAUACGGGAAACUCUUCCUAUGUCUUCUCAUGAACUGUGCAGUUGGUCAACACGAUAUACAAGUACAUGUAUCCAGAUGUAGUGCAGAUUCAUGUUUGUCAUACCAUGACCUCAAAGUUCAAGGGUCAUUCUAAAAGUUCAACAUUUUACAUACAAAUACAUGUAUACAGGAAGAUUCAUUUAGAAGCUUCUUAUUGAAAAUAUAAGAAUCCAAUUCACAUAUAUGUUGAUCAUGUCAAGUAUUUCAUUUUUUUUUUCGGGGGGGGGGGGGGUGAUUCUCAGCGGAUAUUUAUAUCAGAACUCAAAAACCCAUCUGUACAUUGUUCACAUUCAUGAGGAAGUGGCUAUCUUUACAGCUGAUGAAGAUAUUGUAGGGAAGGAAAAAACAUCAAACUGGAUUUAAUAAAUCUGUGCAAAUACAAUGUACAAAUCUUUAAAAUAAUCUUUUUCUUUAAUUUAUUGCUUUUGAGAUUUAGAAAGAAAGACUAGAAACUUUUACUGAAAAUGAACUCAUUAUGUAAGAAUUCGUGUACUCUGGUACAGAUGAUAAAGAAGAUCAAGUGUAAUGGUAGAAGAGACGGCUUUGGAAAUUUGCAGUAGCUAAAAGGAUGCAAACUUGUUUCCUUGUUUAUUGUUUUGAUUUUUAGAUAAAAGACGUAUAUAUAUAUAUAUAUAUCUAUAUCUAAUUACGAUAAAUAAAUCACACAGGAUAUAUCGAAAUUCUUCUGAAAUCACUGAGCUUGGAGAAACGAAUGUUUAUGUUGACAGAUAAACAAGAAACAGAAGAAUAAUUCAUGUUCAUGAUUUUCGAUUUUUGUUUACCCCUGUAUAGUUUAUAGAACAUCGUUUCAUAUCUAUGCAGUAUAAGACAUAACAUGUACACAUAUAUUUAGACACAAAUAUCUCGGAUAUGCAUUGUACGCGUGCAUUUUUAUCUGCGAUAUAUCUUGACCUUCUGAUUUGAGAUAAAUAUGUGUGUGUUUUAUAAAGAUUUAAGUUUUAAGAUGGGUUCCUACUGGUUGACUUUUGUUGAUGGUAAUAAUUCAAUAUUAUGAUGACCCGAUGAAAAAUAUAAAUUGUCGAUGUAGUUUCCAUUACACGAAUUUUGAAGUAUAAGUCCGCGAAUGUAUUUGUUUAAAAGAUUAACCAGGUUUUCUGAUGGGGGGGGGGGGGGGGGGGUCCCAUUUCCGGAUAUCUGAGACCUUGUUUAAUUACGCAGAUAGCAGAAUGUACGUUAUAAAUACUUUUUAUCCAGUUUUUUGUUUGUUAUCAGCCACUUAAUUGAUUUUGUGUUGUUUUGAAAAUAUUUCUUAUCACUUGACUUUAUUAAUAUUUUUUUUCUUCAUUUUACAUAUUGUAUUUCUAUAUAGAUGAUAAUAAAUAUGUCAGAAUCA